UUGGAUACACACAUUAUUAUUCUAUAAAAGAACGUAAAUAAUGUUCUAUUGAGUUGAAACUUCAAAAUCAAUCCAAUUUGAAGCAGUAUUCAAAACUAGUUAGCAAAACAAAUAAUUAAGACAGACAUCAUAAACAAUGGGUUCUGAAGAACAACAUCCUAUGAUUCCUGUUCUAGAUUUCAGCAUGGAAGAUUCGAAGCCAGGGAGCGAUUCCUGGUUAGAAAGAUGCAGAAGUGUGAGGCAAGCACUUGAAGAACAUGGAUGUUUUGUAGCUGUGUAUGAUAAAGCUUGUGAAGAGCUCGAAAAUGGUGUUUUCUGCUCCAUGAAGGAGCUUUUCGAUCUCUCACAUGAAACCAAACAAAGAAACACAUAUGAGGGUUCACCAUUGAAAGGCUACGUAGGACAACUCCCACAGAUUCCCCUCCACCAAAGCAUGGGAAUAGAUGAGGGAACAACCCUAGAGGGAAUUCAAAGUUUUGCCCACAAAAUGUGGCCAAAAGGCAAUCAUCAAUUUUGUAAAUAUAUAUUUGAGUAUGCAAAGGUAGCAGAAGAAUUGGAUCGUAUGGUGGCCAGAAUGAUAUUUGAAAGUUAUGGUCUUUCAGAGUACUAUGACUCAUACAUUGGCUCUACAAGUUAUCUACUUAGGCUUUUGGCACACACAGCACCAGAAAAGGUUGAGCCUCAACUGGGUCUUGUGGCUCACACAGACAAGAGCUUCACCACAAUUCUUCACCAAAAUCAUGUCAAUGCACUCAUGGUGGAGACAAGGAAUGGUGCCUGGAUUCAUGUUGAUUUCUCUUCAACAUCUUCCUUUGUCGUCAUGGCUGGUGAUGGACUCAUGGCUUGGAGCAAUGACAGAAUACAGUCCCCUAAUCAUAAGGUUGUGAUGAAUGGGAAUGAAACAAGGUACUCUCUUGGUCUGUUUGCAUUCUCCAAAGGAAUUCUGAAAGUGCCUGAAGAGCUUAUUGAUGAAGAACACCCAGUGCAGUAUAAGCCCUUUCAUCAUCUUGGAUUGCUAAACUUCACUUACAGUGCUAAUAUGAAAGCUUAUUGUGGUGUGUGAUAUGUUUUUCAUAUGUUGUUUUUUCUUUAGAAAGAGCUUCACUGCGCUUUGGUUCUCAUGCGUGAUUUUAGUAUUUUCUCUGUUACGUGUUCUUGAUUUGGCUUGUAGUGUGAAAGUGAAUCCAUGUAUGGAUUUGACAUGGGAUAGAAAAUUCGAGAACUCGGGAUGAUGAACAUGUUAGGGAUAAUUUAUUAUCCAAAUUCCAGUGUAGACAAAAUUAGGUGUAACACAUAGAAAUUCCUCGAAAUUAUAAUUAAUUAUUUAGUA